GUCUAUAGGGGUCACACCUGUCCGGAGCACGACAUGCGAAGGGGCUGUCGGGGGCCUACAGACUGUCUCUACGCUAACCCUAACGACUGCUCCCGAUAUAUACAGUGCAACGACGCGGGUCUAGCCUAUGACAUGCCCUGUCCAUCGGGCCUACACUACAGCACUAGGAGUAAAGCCUGUGAUUCCCCACAUCUGGCCGGUUGUAAGUCGGACACACAGUUUGAAUGUCCCCGGUAUGACAUACUCAAGACACAGUGUACGCGCGAACGGGACUGCCUAUACCCGCACCCAUCCAACUGUAAGCAAUACAUUGAAUGUGAGGUGAAUCACGAUCACAGGACUGGUAGGCCUACUGUCAGACACUGCGCCUCCGGACUUGAGUGGAAUAAUAAUGACAAGAGGUGUGACUCCAUUUCCCGAUCUACCUGUCCAUUGAGACAAACACAGGACAAGGAUAAGGAUAUUGAGCCAGGUCCUCAUUAUGAUGAACCUAGCGAUGCGUAG